AUUUAGCAUACUUUCCUUUUAAGAAAACACUUUAAAACUGUUUACUGUGCCAUAGGCCGGUCGUCUUUGCAUUUUCCAAAGAGGUUUUAUUCGUGCAGACUUAGUUGAGACCACAGAACAAACUUUGCGCAUUGCUUGCCGAGUUUCUGAAAACAGGACCGUGGUGGACUCACGCAGUGGCGAAAUCGCCAAACUUGGCUCAAAUUUCGAAAUUCAAAUCGUUAGAAUUUAAGCUUUCUAAAGGGUUUUCGUGCCGGUAAGACCUCUUUUUACAUGGAAGUUUUGCAAAUAAACCCCUUUCUACCAUUACCGAGCCAGUUCUAACAAAGCUACUCGCGGGUUAAACUAAAAAGUAGGACGCCAAACUGACCCUGUUAAAACACAAGUGCAAGUAUCUUUUUGAAAGCACGGGUUCCCUUUGUGCCAUCGUGUUAUAGCCUCUCAUCGUUGUAGUUUAGACAAAAAUCAUAGUCAUGGACGUUCCUUUUUUUUGGAGUUCUUGUAUUGAUUCGAAUUUUGUGUCAAAAGUGUGGUUAUGAGCACGCUCAGCUUAGUGCUUACGGAAGACCCCGUUGUCCCCACGUAUCCCUUUUCGUUUGAAAACGCAACCUUUUUGUUACGGAUACGGGUAUCGUCCACACGGAAACGCGAAAACGAUGACCGAAAACGGAACGAUUUGAAAGCGAUUUCCAGAGUGAAACAAUUUGAAAACGAUACCCUUUCGUAGCCGUGGGACGGCCGAAAACGGAACCUUUCGGAAACGAUGGCAUGAUAACUCAGGUCAGUCCACUUGGCGCGCGAGUGCGCAUGCGCUGUAGAAAUUGUUAUCGUUUUCAUCGUUUCUGCGUUUUCGUGGGGACGGGUUGUUUCAAAAUGAAAACGCUUCGUGUGGACGCGGAUCUUUUUGAAAACGGAACAAAAAGGUUGCGUUUUCAAACGAAAACGGAUACGUGGGGACAGGGUCUAACAAAACAAUGGGGCACUUUUUUUCCGGAGCCUAGCUCUGUUGUGCUUUCCGUAUGUGGAAGUUGAUCAUUUUGCACUGCUGGCAAGCGUUUUUUCGCUAUUAUUCUUUGCUUAUACUGCUUGCGAAAACCGUGAUCCCUAUAUGUGCAAGCCUAAAAAUAAAUCUCCAAGUCACACAAUAUGACUGCUAUCUCUAAAGAAAUUUUCGUUAGCAGAAUUCCCUUUUAUCAAUUUGUUACCAAAAAGAAUAAGAUCUAAAGUUGAGUAAAAAAACCGCUAAUAAAAUUUCCGAAAUUAUGGAUGGUCUGGUUAGUUGUGUGAUAUAUGCUUGUCGUACAUCGUGUACCCCCCCCCCCUCCCCCCCCACAACCACCACCACCACCAUCACCACGAAUAAGACGCGCUUGGGGGGAGGGGCGCUGAAUUUCUUUGUGUUCUGUUCUUCUAUAUACUGAUGAGCGUGCAACCGACUCGUUAAGGCGGUGUCAAGAUGAUUCUAUUACUUUAGAUUUUGCUGAACAUAUCACAUCAUUUUCCCUUAAAACUAAUGUUGUAAUAUUAACUAUUUACAUAACAAGUAGCAAGAAAGAGGUACAGGGUGGUCAAGGGUAUUUUCGUGAACGAGAUUUGGCCAUUUUUCACCCUACGAGAAACGUGAAAAUCGUCCAAUUCGAUGUCCGUGAAACGUGAUUUGAGGAUUUAAAACGCAAUUUUUUGGUCCGCGAAACGUGAUAAAACCAUUUUGCCCGGUCCGUGAAACGUGAACCAUACCCCCUCUUCACCAGCAUGGGGGUAGAGUUUCUUGGCUUGUGUGAAUGCGGAACAAGUCUAAAUACUCACCCCUGUGUGAGAGUCUUGUGACUCUUGCCACCCACGCGUAACUAAAUAGAUUCUUGCAGAUCAAAAAUGCAUGACGAUGCUCUAGAAUUUUAUUGGAUCAGGUCUUGUUGACAGGAUUUUAGAAAUUCUUUCCCACGGUCUAGAAUUAAAAUGGAAAGCCUUCUAAUAAGUCGCAUUACUGUGAAAUCUUUCAGACCAGCAAAUAAUAGUGCCCCCCCCCUCCCCUCAAAUGUCCCGUCGAAAUACAAACUUAUCGGCUUAAACUACCGAAAGAACUUAAAAAAUGCCAGUUCCUUGAUCAAAAUCGUAUACGCUUCCUAUUAAAUGAAACUCAGUUGAGUUCACAGUCUCUCGUACAUCGAAUGUCGUCCUUCAUCUUUGGAUGUUCUCGCUAGAGAUCUUUCAUCCAGGCCCUAAUAAUCUAAGGGCAAAUAUUUUUUAUUUCCCUUCUAGCCAAUUUCCUUGUUUUUGUUCUGACGUGACGGCAUAACGCCUUAUUAAUUUAUUGAAAUUCAAGUCACUCAAAAACACUCCGUUGUGAUACACGCCACUUUCAAACAGCCCUAGACGCGACAUUUAGUUGGUAACCGCGCUUUUUGAAUUUGCGACCGCGCUUUGAGGUAGUUAGUUAUUAACUGACCUGACAGGAUCGCGAGUCACGAAGGCCGCAGCCAAGCUACCGAAUAAAACCCUUGUUUUAAAAGAAGUGUUGAUAGAUAUACGUAUCCUAUUGCGACAUUUGGAUACCUAAAAUGCUUACGUGAUUAAAUUUUACAAAGAAACGAUCAAACACGCAAUUGAGCAAGAAUGUAUAGCGUCACUGUAAACGGUCCUAUUGAGUGAUGGCGGAAGCGCGGCGAACUACCUACACGACUUCCGAUUAAAAUUUUAGUCUUGUGGAAGUUUUCCUGGUUUAUUGUGUAGCUAAUCCAUAACGUAUAUAUAAUUGUCUCUUAGAAUCUGUGUUCAUAGUUUUGGGAGAUUGCGAAUUUUCGAAGUAGUAGCUCGUUUUAAUAUCGCCCUUGAGCGCAAAGAAAUGGCUACCGCGAACGCUGAAGCAAAACACUUUGAGAUUUUAAAAGGUCUCUGUCGUGUUUGCGGAAAACGGUUGAAGAAGGCAAAAAGCCUCUAUGCCCAAAGCUUUGCCUGCGGCAGUUUCAAAACAUUGCUCGAGGUCAAAUUUGGCAUCAAUGUCGAGAAGGAUGACCCCUAUAUUCAUCCGAUGCGCUUUUGUAAGUUGUGUCGUCUCGCAACAACUGACAAGGCUCCCAUAAUCUGGGAGAUUCACCGGGAAGAGGACUGCCCAACGUGCGCCUUAGAAGAGCAAAUUCAAAAAGGCGGUAGGCCGAAGAAAGCAAAGCGAGGCGGAGCGAGAGGGCAGGCUAAAAACUCCGCUUGGGAAGAGACGACAAACGCGGGUUUAAAAGCACAACUAAUCGCGCGCGUCACCGAGCUUAGUGCCUCUAUGAACACACUAAGGGACCACCGAUUCACCGAGCGCUUUGACUUUUUCGAAACGAAAAAAGAAGAGUUUCAUUGCGCUAUUUGCCUAGACGUCCUCGAAAAGCCUCUGUCAUCAAAGUGCCAGCACAGUUGCUGCUCGGACUGCUGGAAAUCUGCGUUCGAGUUGGGGGAAAAACACCCAGCAUGUCCAAUAUGUCAAGAGACGCUGGCGGACCCUAAUGACCUCCAGCGCGCACCGCUUGUUUUAAUCCAGCUUUUAGAGGGGUACCUGGUUAAAUGUAGGGCAUGUGGUACCCGAUUGCCUUAUCACCUGUGCAACAGCCAUCCCUGUCCCCCGAGAAAGCGCCAGCGUGCGAAUAGCCCCGUCCCUGCCGCUGCUGUUGUGCUAGAUCCUCAGACCCGAACCCUCGAGCAGAUGUUAAACGAGGUCCGCACUGGCCUCGUUUCCCCUGAUGUUGCGCGACUUGGGAAUUUGAUUGUGAACACAAUCUGCAAGAAUUCGGAGGAUGGGAUAACAGCCCGAUUGCCUGGAUCUGGAAAGCCAACCGUGGUCAUGAAAAUACCUCAGGCACAGGCCUCCAGCAGUGUUGUAAGUGUAAGGCAGAAACAAAGACGGACUAAAGCCCUUAUACAGGUCGGCGAAGUAGUCAGCAAAGGUGAAAUGGACCUUCACACAGUUGAGGUCCUCAAAAGGAAAAAUGCCGAGGAGCGAAAGCAACUGUUAAAGGAUGUUCUUGGAAAAGAACUCGUUUUAGAAAUCCCCAAAGGAGACUCCUUGGCCAUGAAGGCGGAUCUUGGUGUUACAUGGUACAAGCUCAACAAACUAAGGGGCUGGUUUUCUAAUUGGGGCAUUCAGAUGGAAAGUGAGAAAAAGCAGCGGGCACAGAAGAAGGAACAAGUGGGAGACAACUUGGCUGAUGAAGACUUCCCAAUGGAGCACUCAAGGAGAGAGGGGAGAAAAUAUAUCACUGUCAUCAAACAGACACCGUGUGCGUAUGUGGAUGAUCUAAAGGGACACAUCAUAAAAUACAUUGAUGACAAUAACAGUGCUGGCCUUCUAACAUGGCACGGUGGCAACAUACCAGAAAACUCUGUCUUUUUGAAGCUAGGGGGUGACCAUGGGCAAGGCAAUAUGAAAUUCGCCUUUCAAUUAGCCAAUGUGGAUAAGCCAAACUCUAGCAAAAAGACAGUAGUUUUCUGUGUGUUCGAGGCAAAGGACACCAGGAACAACCUGAGAGCAGCAACACAAAGAUACAAAGAACAGCUUGGGGACUUGGAAUCAUUGCAAUGGCGUGACAAAAAGAUCAAAUUGUUUCUCUUUGGUGACUUUGAGUUUCUCUGCAAGUUCCUAGGAAUAUCUGGUGCAAGUGACAGAAAAUAUCGAAAAGAUCUGUAGUGUGGUGGUAAAUGUAGUGGAAGAGCACAGCCCAGCAUUGCGUGGAGAAGCAAUGGCUGUCAAAAAAAAGUUCCAUGAACUCUUCACCUUGUUUGGCUCAGUCCACUUUCUAUAUAACAGCAGUGCUCCAAUGAAUACAGCUCAGCUCAGAAUUCUAGGUAUUAUUUGAGUUCCACAAGCUUUGUAAAGAGAGAAAAAUAUAAAUCAACAGUCUAACAAUUCUGUUUCUUGUUUCUCCACAGAAAAUGGCAUCAAAGAAUUCGCUGCAUUUUACCGAGCCACAUUUCCAGAUGAGACCUUUCCCCCAAAGUUCCAUAUGUUAGAAGUGCAUGUAGUAGAUUUCAUCCGGGAAUGGAAGUUUCCUUUAGGCUUUUUCGGCGAGCAGGGUGGUGAAUCAAUUCAUCAUGAACUCAACCAGUUGAAUCGUGAAUUCAGCUCGAUCCACCCUGCGUCGCGUCGGCUACGAAAAA